UCACCAAAACUUCCGCUACCCAGUUACACCUUCACGAUGCCGUUUAACACAGCCUUGACCCGCAAGUUGGGCAUCCGAGUGCCUAUCGUGCAGGGUGGCAUGCAAUGGGUGGGAUACGCCGAGUUGGCCUCGGCCGUAAGCAACGCAGGUGGAUUGGGACUGCUCACUGCCCUCACUCAACCUACACCCGAAGAUCUGCGCAAGGAGAUUCGACGAUGCCGCGAAAUGACCAAGUAUCCCUUCGGUGUCAACCUGACUCUCCUCCCGGCCCUCGUGCCCCCGGACUACCCUGCCUACGCCCAGGUGAUUAUCGAUGAGGGAAUCAAGAUCGUCGAGACUGCCGGAAACAACCCGGGCCCCGUCAUCAAGCAGCUGAAGGCGGCCGGCAUCAUCAUUCUGCACAAGUGCACGACUGUCCGCCACGCCAAGUCUGCCGUGAAGCUGGGCGUUGACUUCUUGUCCAUUGACGGCUUCGAGUGUGCCGGCCACGUCGGCGAGCACGACAUCACCAACUUCAUUCUGCUCAGCCGUGCGCGCCAGGAACUGAAGGUUCCCUUCAUUGCCUCGGGCGGUUUUGCUGAUGGCCAAGGUCUUGCCGCUGCCCUGGCUCUCGGCGCCGAGGGUAUUAACAUGGGCACCCGUUUCAUGUCCACCGUCGAGGCUCCCAUUCACCAGAAGAUUAAGGAGGCUAUUGUUAAUGCACAGGAGACCGACACCGCCCUCGUUCUGCGUCGGUGGAAGAACACCACCCGCCUGUUUGCCAACAAGGUCACUCAGGAUGCGUUGAAGAUCGAGCGCGAGAGCAAGACUGGUGAAUUCAGUGAGGUCGGCCCGUACGUUAGUGGCCAGCGCGGUCGCCAGGUCUUCUUGAACGGUGACCCUGACUUUGGCGUUUGGACUGCUGGCCAAGUCAUUGGAUUGAUCCACGACAUCCCCACCUGCGAUGUUCUCCUGAAACGGAUCGAGAAGGAGGCUGUGGAGGCCAUGAACCGGACCAAGUCCCUGUACAGUGACGCGCCCACCAGCAAGCUGUGA